AUGGGCGGUCGAUACCAAAUCUGCUCCGGUCAUCGCCAAGUUGCUCACAACAUGGCACACAGAGAACGGGGACGCUCCCUUGUUGAUGCUCGACAUCAGACAGAUCUGGGAAACAAACUGGGAGGCGGAAAGAAACGCAAAUCCGGGUGCCAGCACGAAGCCAUGGCAUCGCAUCUCGUCACGAUGCGAGAGAAGUUACCGGAAUAUAUAAUCAAGGAACGGGAAAGACUCACGCGGGCAAUGCCUUGGGCGGAAAUUAACAUCGCAGGGGCAGUCUUCAAGAAUGAUACUUUCCUACGGGCACUUGAACAAACUGGGUUCCGCGGACUUUGGGGUUACCACUGGAAUCAGCAGGGUGUUGAGGAUGUAGACGCUAACGUUCCCGAAAUUGAAACUGACCGUGGCGGUUUUGGGUGUUUCUACCCGCUUGAGGCUUCAGCAUCUCUUGAUGCUAUUGUCGCACGAGGGACCACUGAUGCAGAUCUUACGCAAUCAUUUGAAAAGAUUGUGGGUGUCCCCUACCAUACCGCUGCUCAUCUCGCCGAAGACGCACAUAAUCUCCGCGCAGCACUCUUAAACGGAACAGCGCAACAGCAUUAUGAUGUCUAUGUAGGAAGCGCAGCGUGGAAUCAAUGGCUUGGUUAUGUGGAACAUAUCGAUCCGCUUACCGUUGCGCACCUCGGGCAAGAGGGGUUGGAACGACUCGAUGCAUACUUCGCACACGUUGUUAGUGUUCAAGACACAAAACCGCUGCUUCUUUCUCAAAUGGUUGACGAUUACAUUAAACAUUGCCAGAAAACCGAACCGACGGUUGUUGUAGGGGCAAGUACGGAGAUUCAAGAGGAAACUGCUAAGCCGAAAUCUACGUUAAAAAUAUUUUACUACGACGCGGCAUGCGAAUUUACCUUUGUCGAAGGUGCUAUGGAUCCCGUUGAAAUCAAAAACUAUACCGCCGAACGGGUGUUACAAUCCAAGGCGAAUAAGCCGGUCCUAACGGGCUUUUUACCGACGCGACACCGGACGCAACUACACAUUGCUAUUGUGGUGGAGUCAACGAGGACGAUGCCCUAUGGGAUAGCAGUGUGGGGCGACCACGAAGGUUUGCGAUUAACCGAAGCCAACGUCGAUGAUGUCAGGUGGAUAGGGGAACAUUCGCUUUUUAUACGCCUCACAUUACAAUCCGGAAAGAACGAAUUUAGCGUUAAGCUGACAAUCUAA